AUGUCAAGUAUUGCAAUACUUCAUCCGGAUUUAGGUAUUGGUGGAGCAGAACGUUUAAUUGUUGAUAUAGCAUUAGCGUUGAAAUCUUCUGGACAUAAGGUUGAUGUUUAUACAAAUUUUCAUGAUAAAAAACGAUGUUUUGAUGAAACACGUAAUGGACAAUUGAAUGUUUUUGUUGCAUGUUCAUGGUUUCCGAGACAUAUAUUUGGAAAAUUUCAUGCUUUAUGUGCUUAUAUAAGAUUUAUUCUUCUUGCAAUAUAUGUUGUUUAUCAAACAAAAGGAAAACAAUAUGAUUUAUUUUUAUGUGAUCAAAUAAGUGCUUGUAUACCGGUUUUAAAACGAUCUCAAUUACCAGUUUUAUUUUAUUGUCAUUAUCCCGAUCAUUUAUUAACAAAACGAGAAUCAUUAGCAAAGAAAUUAUAUCGAUGGCCAAUUGAUACAUUUGAAGUCUAUACAACAUGUCUUGCUGAUCGUAUUCUAGUGAAUAGUGAAUAUACUCAAUCAAUAUUUGAAAAAUAUAUUUCAUCAACAACUCCAGUAGAUAUUCUUUAUCCAACAAUACCUGAUCAAGCUUCACCAAUAUCAUCAUUUAAUGAGAAUGAUUCAGUGAUAAAUUUUCUUUCCAUAAAUCGUUUUGAACGAAAAAAAGAAUUAACACUUGCACUUCUAUCAUUUGCAAAUCUUCGUAAAUUACUUGGUUCAAAUUCGAAAAAAAUUCAUUUAUAUAUUAUUGGUGGUUAUGAUGAACGUUUACGUGAGAAUGUUGAAUAUUAUAAUGAACUUCAACAAUUAGUAAUUGAUUUAAAACUUGAUUCAUCAUUAAUAACAUUUGUUCGAUCAUUUUCUGAUGAAGAAAAACGUGAAUAUUUAUCGAAAGCUCAUUGUAUAUUAUAUACACCACGUUUUGAACAUUUUGGUAUUGUUCCACUCGAAGCUAUGCAAGCUGGACGACCAGUUAUAGCAACAGCAACAGGUGGUCCUUUAGAAACAGUAGUUGAUGGUAAAACAGGUUAUUUAUGUGAUGAUCCAUUAAUUGCAACAUUUGCUAAACGAAUGAAAGAAUUUGUUGAUAAUAAAAAUUUAUCCAAACAAAUGGGUGAAGAAGAUAUGCGUGAUAUUAUUUAUAUAACAUCAUCUGAAUUACAUAAAGUUCUUGAUAAUAUUGAAAAAAUUCGUCAUCGUUCAUAUCUUGUUGAUGCACUUAUUCAAGCCUAUGAACUUGAUAAACAUAGUCAUUUACAGUUUAUUCAACCACAAUUAGCAACGAAUAAUGAACUUGCAUUAGCACAUGAUCAAGAUUAUUUAGAAUUUCUAAAUUUUAUUGCAAAUAUUGAUCUUGAUCAUAAUGAAUCAUAUAAGGAACAAAUGGAUUUUUAUAAAAUAGGAUAUGAAUGUCCACCAUUUGAAGCAUUACCUUUAUAUUGUCAAUUGAUCGGAGGUGCAUCAAUAACAGCUGCGAAAUAUUUAAAUCGUUCGAAUAGUAAUAAUAGUAUUGCAAUAAAUUUUUUUGGCGGAUGGCAUCAUGCAAAACGUUCUCAAGCAUCUGGCUUUUGUUAUAUUAAUGAUAUUGUUAUGGCUAUAAAUGAACUUCGUAAAAAAUUUGAUCGAAUUUGUUAUAUUGAUUUAGAUUUACAUCAUGGUGAUGGUGUUCAAGAAGCAUUUUAUUGUUCAUCAAAAGUAUUAACUGUUUCUUUACAUAAAUAUGAACUUGGAUUUUUUCCAAUUAAUUCUGGUGGACUUGAUGAAAUUGGUGAAACAUGGGGACGUGGUUUUAAUAUAAAUAUUCCAUUUCAUCACGGUAUUGAUGAUAAUCAAUAUAUUUCAUUAUUUUCUCGUCUUUUACCAAAAAUUAAUUCAUCAUUUCAACCAGAAGUAUUCGUUGUACAAUGUGGCGCUGAUACAUUAUAUGGUGAUCCUAUGAAAUCAUUUAAUUUAACAACAAAAUCUAUUCUUAACUGUAUUGAACAAAUAAUUAAUGUAAAUAAGCCAAUACUUUUAUUAGGUGGUGGAGGUUAUCACAUAGCUGAUACUGCUCGAUUAUGGACAUCAAUAAUCGCUUUAUGUUUAAAUGAAAAACUUGAUAAUGAUAUACCCGAGCAUGAUUAUUUUUCAUAUUAUGGUCCAGAUUUUACUCUUGAAACAUGGCCAGGAAAUCGAACAAAUAAAAAUAGUCAAAUAUAUUUAGAUAGUUUAUUAGAUUAUGUUGAAAAGAAUCAAAUUGAUCUUAUUAAAAGUAAAAUACGUCAAUAG